UUCUUAGCUCGUAGAUCCAAAGACCUCCCUGGUCGAAACGAGGACAUGACGAGCACGCAGGGGCCCAUGUUCAUUCCGCUCCCGCCUGGUCUUGCUGACCUCAGAGCCUAUCGCCUUGAAACGUGCAGCAAUUCUCUUGAGCCGUAUACCUUCGUGCCGCCCCCUGGACUUCCUCCUCCUCCAGGAAAGUGCCUCCGAGAUCUUCUCCAGGACUUGGUGACCGAGCCGGCUAUGAUCGAGGUCGAAGGUUUUUCCAAGGAGAACUUGGCAAGAUGGCAUCCCGAAUCCGUUGGUACCAGGUGUUCAACCGACGAGCCAGCCACGCCUCCGGCAGCACGUGCAGAAGACCUGGAUGGGGAUUGGUCCAUUGCCACGAGCGCAAAAACCGCCCAAGCGACGCAGACAUUUGAGGAUGAGGAGGAGUUCGUGCAGCCCUGGUCCCCGGAGUUUGAUGAAGCAGAGAUCGAAGUUGCUUUGGAACCGGUGUUGAAAGAGAUGCUGGGGCAGGACAAAAGCAAGGGCAAGGGAAAGGAGAAAGCUCCAGGUAGUGUGCGAUGGUGGACCCGUCCAACUUCGCCACUCUUGUGUCCAUUGUCCGGCUUUCCAACUUCUUUGCUGCCAUAUCCACCCUUCAAGUUGCGCGUGGAUCCCGCGAAAUCGACACCACAUCGCUUGGUGGAUGGCAAAUUCCUGGCCAUGACCUGUAUCGUGACCGGUCGCUAUUCUGCUUGUGGUCGGGAGCUCCAGUCCAGCGACAUCAGCGCCUUGGACGACUACAUCCAUCGUUGCAAGCUGGGCCCCUACCGUCCCAGCCGCGGCAUUUCGCUGGCGCAGCAAGCUGCCCAUGGCACGCCCGAAGAGCGAGAGACAGCGCUGCAGGAACUCGACAAGUUCGCGGCCGCCGCACGGAACGAGUUAGGAAAGGUCCGGCGCAUCCAGGAGAAUCGGCUCGUGCAGAUCAAACAGGCUUUGCCUCCCCAUUUCCAAGCCGCCAUUCGACUUGAAGCUUUGCCACCAACAAACCGGAGGCGCUCCUCGACCUCCAGUGCUUCCACACGCGGCAUGUCGAGUGAGAGCAGUGGCUGAGACCACGGGGGCCCUUGCCACCUGAUGGUGUUGAGGGAAGCUAGCUGUGAAGGUCUCAUUUUGGGAGCGGAGGUGCUUGGGACUCAAUCAAUGAAGUCCAGACACAGGUUAAGAUGGUG